AUGGCUACUCCCGAGAUCCCCCAGAAGCAAAAGGCAGUCAUUUAUGACCAGCCUGGAACCGUGUCGACCAAAAUCGUAGAGAUCGAUGUGCCCCAGCCUGGCGCUGGCGAAGUCCUUAUCAAUUUGACUCAUUCCGGCGUCUGCCACUCGGACCUUGGAAUAAUGACAAACACAUGGACCUUACUCCCAGCCCCAACUCAGCCAGGCCAGAUCGGCGGCCAUGAAGGUGUAGGUAAAAUCGUCAAACUAGGCCCAGGCACCGAAUCUAGCGGCCUAAAGAUCGGAGACCGAGUCGGUAUCAAAUGGGUCGCAAGCGCAUGUGGAAACUGCCUGCCCUGCCAAGCAGGUACAGACGGCCUAUGCUUCAACCAAAAAGUAUCAGGCUAUUACACCCCAGGCACAUUCCAACAAUACGCCUUAGGCCCCGCAAAUUACGUAACACCAAUUCCAGAAUCUCUCCCCUCAGCCGAAGCAGCCCCAAUGCUCUGCGCCGGUGUUACAGUCUACUCGGCCCUAAAACGCAGCAAUGCUCGCCCAGGCCAAUGGGUCGUGAUCUCCGGCGCAGGAGGCGGCCUCGGUCACCUAGCAGUGCAACUAGCAAGCAAAGGGAUGGGACUCCGAGCAAUCGGUAUCGACCACGGCAGUAAAGAGGAGCUUGUGAUCCAAUCUGGCGCGGAACAUUUUGUUGAUAUCACGCAGUUUCCUAAAGAUGAUAAUGGCCUUGCAUUGAAGAAACAUGUUAAGGGUCUUACGGAUGGAUUGGGGGCUCAUGCGGUGGUGGUUUGUACGGCUGCUAAUGCGGCUUAUGCGCAGGCUUUGCCUUUGCUGAGGUUUAAUGGGACACUUGUUUGUGUGGGGAUGCCUGAGCAUGAGCCGCAGCCUAUUGCGACGGCUUUGCCUUAUACUUUUGUUAAUACACAGACUACUGUUACGGGGAGUGCUGUUGGAAGUCGGAAAGAGGCUGUUGAGGUUUUGGAAUUCGCGGCUAGGGGUGUCUUGAAGGUUCAUCAUCGGAUUGAGAAGAUGGAGGCUUUGACUGAUGUUUUUACGGAGAUGCAGGAGGGUAAGUUGAAGGGUCGGGUUGUGUUGGAUUUAUCUUAG